AUAUGCGGUUCUAUUAAAUUUAAAUUGUGUAUUCUUGGGAAGGAUAGUCAAAACUUCAAGAGCUUACGGCCAAAGCUUAAAGAAGGUGCUAAGGUUGGUUCUGGCUUCCUUUUUCUCCUUCAGACCCUUCCACUGAAAGAUGACUACCUGGUGUACUAUGGAGAGUUUGCUGACCAGCCUAAUAAGAAACUUAGAAGGGUCAACCAGCCUACCAUUAAUUAUCUCUCAAUAGCUGGUUCACGUAACGGGUUGGUUUGCUUUUCUGAUAGCAACCACAUGUCUUAUAUCCACGAACCUGUGUAUAUUAGUAAUCCUAUGACCAGAGAAUACAUGAAUUUCCCAAGACUAGAAGUUAGUGGUGGGAGCAAGGUUGACUCAAUGGUGUGUGGUUUUGGUUACCUUCCUUCUCUCGACAAGUACAAAAUCAUAAAAAUUUAUUAUAUUCAGAACCAAGUCAUGGGACGGGUCCAGGUAUAUACACUUGGGGCUGGCAGAUGUAGUGUCUGGAGAGACAUUGGAGAAACCCCUUACUCACUGCGGCAUAUUCAGGAUGGUUUCCAGUGUGGUCGUUCUCCAUUUGGUGCAUUUGCAAAUGGAGCGCUUAAUUGGCUUGAUAAAGAGCAGAAGAUUGUAUCACUUCGAUUUGGCAGAGGAGAAGUUCUACUUGCUCCCAUCACCACCUUUUGUCGGUGCUUUAGAUGUUACAAACAGUUUUGAACCCAAGGUUUUGGGAGGAUGCUUGUGUUUUAUUCAUCAAAAGCAGGACAAAUACUUAGAUAUAUGGUUCUCAAGGAAGAAAGAGGGGAGCAGUAGUUAUGACAUGAAUGAGCAAGAGUACGACUUACUGACAUGGAUCAAGGAGUUGAGUUUACCAAUUGAUGCAUUGCCAUUCGCCCUUACACAGAGUGGUAAGUUCCUAAUGUGGUACAAGUCUCCUACUAUCUGGUCUUAUGAUCCUAAGACUGCAAUCUGGUCUUAUGAUCCUAAGACUGCAACCAUGGAGAAGUUCCUGUUGGAUGGCAUUUUCUGGCGGGCAAUUCCUCACAUGAACAGCUUUGUUUCCCUUAAAGCUCUCGGAGAAAAGUGUCGGUCCAGAAAAAGAUGUGCUGCUAAUCCAUCACCAGAGGAAUAUUUCAUAACACAGCAGAGAAAAGGACAACGGAGAAUUUGAUGUCAUUCAGUUUUAGGUGCACUGAAACCACAUCUUUCUGUCCAAGUGUCUAAUUACUUGUGUGAUCAGAUAUUUUUAUUGCUUCUCUGUUUUAAGUUUAGUUGAAUCUUCAAGAAUUUUUUAUUUGUUUGUUUUUAGUUCAUGUGAA